AUGGACAAUGAAUGGUUGAACUCCUACGAAUUUUCAAGAAUGUUGGAAUUUAAAUAUGAUUCUACCAUCUCUUUAGAAGAAUUACAAAUUUUCAAGAAUGUUGAACUCUUACGAUUGGCCGAAUUUUCAGAUGAUGAUAACAAUCUCACGCCACUUUUUAAUGAAAAGGUUAUUUUCUCCAAUUUGGUGGCCUUGAAACUUGAAGUUACUAGUUCUAGAAAGAUUUGGGACAGCCAAUGUCCAACAUUCAUGUCUUCCUUGACAAGCUUGACCUUGACGAGAUGUAGAAAGAUAAAAUAUGCGUUUUCAUUUUGCAUUGCCAAAAGCCUCAAGACUCUACAACACCUUGAGAUAAGUCAUUGUGAGGUUUUAGAUGAGAUUGUUGCAGAAGAAGAAGCAGCGAAAGAAGUUGUUAAUUUUGCCUUUCCAAGGAUAACCUUUUUGAUGCUUGAAGAUUUACCAAAACUUGCAACUUUUUGUCAUGGAAUAGAUACUUGGGAAUUGCCAAUGUUAAAAAGGUUAAAGGUGACAGAAUGUGAAAAAUUCACUUCAAAAUAUCUAACCUUCCAUGAAAGUUCAUUUCAUAAACCCCUCUGCUUGGACAAUAAGAUCAACUCUAAUUUGGAGGAUUUGUAUUUAAAGAGUAAGUUUAGGCGUAUUAGUUGGCAGAGUCGAUUUAAAACUCUUAAGAUCAUAUUUGAUCGGUUAGCAAAUAUUCCACUUGGGCUCCUCCACAGAUUUGAAAAUCUGGAAAAGCUUCAAUUAUAUUAUUGUGGAUACAAAGAAAUGUUCUUAUGUGGAAAGGAUGAGAAACAUAUGCAGAUCACUCUAGGACCAUCCUUAGCUUUUUUCCAGAAUCUUCAAGUUUUGAAUGUACGUCAGUGUAAAAAGUUGAUGAAGUUAAUGACACCUGCAAUGCCUAGGAGCUUGGUGCAGUUGAGAGAAUUGAGCGUAAAGGGAUGUGAAAUGGUGAUAGAAAUAGUAGAAAAUGAGGGAGAUGCAACAAGAAGUACUGAAAUUGUUUUUGAUAAUUUGAAGAAGUUGUCACUUGAAUACUUAAAAAGUCUCAUAUGCUUCUGCUCUGGGAAUUAUUCUUUCAAUUUCCCAUCUUUGGAAAAGUUAAUUAUAAGAGAAUGCCCCAAUGUCUUAUGCUUCUGCUUUGGGAAUCAUUAUUUCAAUUUCCCAUCUUUGGAAAAGUUAAUUAUAAGAGAAUGCCUCAAUAUGAAGACUUUCUCUCGAGGAAUCUUAAGCACACCAAAGUUACACAAAGUCAGUUAUGAGAGCUUCAACGAGACUAACAGGAAAUGGGAGAAAAUAAAGGAAGUAGAGAAUGAGAGGAAUGAUCUUAAUAAAACAAUACAUGGAGCAUACAAAGAACAUCUUCAAAAUCUACCAGAACUUGCAACUUUCUAUCUUGGAAUACAUACUUCUAAAUGGCCAAUGUUAAAAGAAUUGGUGGUGAGAGACUGUGAGAAGUUCACUUCAAAACAUAUGAGCUUCCAAGAAGAUGGUAAGGAGGGUGAACUUCAUAUUUCUGAGCCAAAAUCUCUCUUCUUGGACGAUAAGAUCAAUCAAGAUUUGGAGGUAUUUGAAUUAAGGAACGGUGGGAAAGGGAUUAGAUGGUGGAGUCAAUCUAAAGCUCUUCAUAUCUCAUAUGAUAACUCAACAAAUAUUCCACUUGGGGUCCUUCAAAGAUUUGAAAAACUCAAAGAGCUCAAACUAUUUUGUUGUGAUCAAUACAAAGAACUAUUCUUUCCAAGUCUUCCAAAUCUUGAAGUUCUAGAUUUACAGAGUUGUAGCAAAUAUAUGAGUCUAGUGCCAUCCUCAGCUUCUUUCCAGAAUCUUGAAGUUAUAAGAGUUGACUAUUGCAAUGGGUUUAUGAAGUUAAUAACACCUUCAACAGCUAGAAAUUUGGUGCAACUGAGAGAAAUGAGCAUAAAGGAUUGUGGACUGUUGAUUGAAAUAGUAGAAAAUGAGGGAGAAGGAGAUACAACAAUAAGUACUGAAAUUGUUUUUGAUAAUUUGAAAAAGUUGUCACUUAGUUGGUUAGAAAGUCUCACAUGCUUUUGCUCUGGGAAUUACUCUAUCAAUUUCCCAUCUUUGGAAGAGUUAAUUAUAAAGUUUUACCCCAAUAUGAAGACUUUCUCUCAAGGAAUCUCAAGCACACCAAAGUUACAUAAAGUCAACUAUGUGAGUUCGAGUACUAAAAUGAUGAAGAAAGCAGAAGUAGAGAAUCGGGGGAAUGACCUUAAUACAACUAUACAACAUGCACACAAAAAAGAGGUUGACUCCAAUUCGGAGGAAUUGACAUUAAGUGGAAGAGAUAUCAUGUCGAUUUGGGAAGGAGAAUUUCAAGAGAGCUUUGGCAAAGUAAAAACUCGUCAAUUGAUUAAUGAUGUAUAUACAAACAUUCCAAUUCCAAUCCUUCACAAAUUUAUCAGUCUUGAAAAACUCAUACUGAAAGUGAGUUCAUAUGAAGAGGUAUUCUCAUUUGAAGAGGAUAAGGAACAUGUCGGAGCACUUACAAAAUUAAAAGAUUUAAAAUUGCAAGGACUUUUUAAUUUGAAGUGCAUUUGGAAACAAGACUCUCGAUUGAACUUAAUUCUUCAAAAUCUUGAUAGUCUGAAGGUGAAAUAUUGUCACUACUUGACUACUCUAUUGCCAUCUUUAGCAUCUUUUGAAAAUCUGAGGAUUUUGAAGGUAAGCUAUUGCAAUGAGAUGCAAAACUUAAUGUCAUCCUCAACAGCCAAAAGUCUGCUGCUACUAGAAAGGUUGAUUAUAGAUGACUGUGAAAUGAUUAUGGAAGUAGUAGCAAAUGAGGGAGAUAUAGAGAAAGAUGAAAUUGUUUUUGAGAAAUUGGAGGAGUUGAUCUUUUAUAAUUUAAAAAGUCUCACAUGUUUCUGUUUUGGGAAUUACACCUUAAAAUUCCCAAAUUUGGAAAGCUUAUAUGUGAGUGAAUGCUCCAAGAUGAAGACUUUCUCUGGAGGAGGCUUAAACAUGCCAAGAUUGUUCAGAUUUUUGUAA